AUGGAUUCACUCAAAGAUUUUGUUAUUUUAAUAUCAGUCAUUAUUACAGGACAUAUUUGUUAUCAUUGUGUUUCUUAUGCUCAUAUUUUGGCACCAAAUUUACGAUAUCAACUUGGAGCGCAAACGGACAUUUUUCAUUGGCCUAUAGAUGCAUCAUCUCCUAAUUGUUCUAAGUCUUUAUCAUCGAAGAAUCCAUAUCAGUUCCGUGUUCAGAUAUGCACAAAAUAUCCAUUAUGUGCUACGAUUUCCCCCAAUACUGCCAACGCAAGUUUUGUAGUACGUGGUUGCAUGGAACAAACGUUGGUUACUCAGCUAAGGAUGAACAAAAAGUUUCGUCUAGAUGGUUGCCAUUCAGUUCGUUCUAAGCAAGUUAAUAUAGAAACUGCACCUUUGACUUAUAAUAUUUGCAUAUGCUCUACGGAAUACUGUAAUUCUGAAGCACAGUAUUCAUUUUCAAAAACCGAUUUGUUAGAUUCAUCUUCUCAUGAAGUGCUUGAUUUAAUACCUACUGUGAAAAGUGAGCAGUUAUCGAACGAGCUCAUGGCAGAAACACAAAACUUUGCGACUAAUUUAAAUCCAUUAUCCAGAGCAGAUAAUAGAUUUAAAUUAAUGAUAUUCAUCUUGUUUUUGAACACUUUGACAGAAAUUACUAAAUAUUAA